GAAAUAGCCCAGAGCUCCUGUUUUCGUCGGGCCCGUGGAUGGCCGAGAUCAACUACUACGACGGCGACCUCUCGGAGGCGCUGUCGACGCUCGAUGGCAUCAUGGCACGGCUGGCCAAGGCGCCGCCUGCCGUACGCGGCGAGGUGCUGGCCGAGGCCGAGAAGAAGCUCAAGGAAGUGAUCGACCUCAAGAAGGGCUACACGCUCGCGCUGCGCCAAGUCACGGACCGCGAAGAGAUCAAGGUGUUUCGCGAGAAAAAUGACGUCUACGCGGCGCGGGUCGAAGAGCUCACGCGUGAAGUCAAGUGGGCCAAGUCCGAGACGGAGCGCAAUGGCCUCUUUGGCGAUGCGAAAGUCAACGCGGCCAAGAUGCCCACGGGCAACCGUGAAAUGCUCGGGAAAGCGCAGGAAAUUCAAACCAAAACCGAAAUGUCGCUCAAAAACACACAAAAAAUGGUCGAAGCCUCAAAAGACGUGGCGCUGGCGACGGGCGAAGUGCUCCGCGAGCAGCGCAACCAAAUCAAUGCGAUCACAGAAGAGGUCAUGCGCAUGGACGACGGCCUCGCCCGCGCCAACAAGCUGCUCCGAACGUUUGGCCGGCGCAUGGCGACCGAUCGCGUCAUUCUAGUGUUUACGUUUUUUGUUUUUGCCGGCGUCGCCGGCAUCAUUAUCUACUCCGAGCUCAACCCCGACCAAACGACGUUUUAUGUCCCCGACCAAGUCAAGCCGCCGGACCCGAACGCAGCGAUCAAUGCGACCUCGACGUUUCUGAAUUCCACACUCAAGUGACGCGUUGAUUCUACGUUGCCGCACUCAACCGACCCUCUGCUGCCUGUCUAAUCGCAAUAUGAA